AUGAGUGUUGACUACAGUGCUACAAAGGAAUCGAGGAGUGAGAUGCUGCUGUUCCCUCUACGGAACUUGUAUCCGCAGAGUCUUGCCAGUUACGAUGACUAUGAGACUGGCACACAGACUGCAAACAGUUUAAACAGCCCGGUCCACAUCCACAAGCUUGCCCCUCAUGCUCAAUUUCGUGUAGCACCUCAUCCAGCUCCACCUCCUAAAAGGCCUGCGCUAGGGAUUACAAGGCCACAUGUUCCUGCCACACAUAUAAGUAACAACCCAAUGUUCCAGUCAGCCACAUCAUAUGUCAGGGAGAACCGAAGAGCCUCUGUUGUCUGGGAUCAAGAGGCUGGUCGGUACGUGUCAGUGCCCAUGCAAACAACAAGAACAGGGCCCGGUGUUGAGCUGCCUGCAAGAAACCCAAGUUUCUUGGUGAAUCCAAGUGGUGAACCAGGCAACCAUGGGAGAAAUCUUGCACCUGCCAACACAACUUCAUCAGCGAUUCCUUCGGGGCAGCUGUCCGAGAGGUUGACGUACACAGGCCAAUCAAUAUUCUUUGGCGGGCCAAUCCUGAGCACCACUGGCAUAAAUGAAGAAAGGAAUGAGGCGGGCACAAGAGUGCGUCCUGAGACAAGCAGAGAUCCCAACUCCCACCAGCGUGACAUCCGUGGUGAGAAGGCUCGGACAGGCUCCUUCCCGUUGUAUGAGCCUAGGAAUUUCUAG